AUGGGUCGUGGGGAACCCCUGGUGCGUGGCUCAACUCAUGUUAAUUCUAGCAAUAUUUUAGCAUCAAGUGGAAUAAUUACAACAACUUCUGGACUUGAUGUUACAGCUAGUACGCUGCCGCUGACAACAACAACAAUAACAGGUGAAGUUUUCAAAAAAAAUAGUCACGAAAUCCUAAAUACAUCGAUGCACACAUCGGCAUUACUAUUAGCAUCUACAUCAAUACCACUCAAAAUAAUAUCUUUGAACACAGCUUCAACGCCAAAUACCCUCACAACUUCCAACGCUUCUGUACGCCCAAUCGCCGAAUAUGAUAUUGAAAAUGUCGAUCCAGAAUUAGCUACAACCACUAGCGACAGUCCAGAAGAAACGAACACUUGA